AUGCCCCCACCCUCUGAAAAUGAAGUAGUGCGUCUGCUUCCUCCAAGGAAAACCAGACGACGCUGUCGAGACAAGAUCAUCGCGCCAUACACCAUCAACGGAACGAUUCCAGUCCGCCGCAAACCUACUUUGUCCGCCACUAUGUUCAGACUUCCUUUCAAGGUCCCCUUCUCGACUUCAUACCUCGUCUACCUUUUGGAACUCAUCAUUGGGAUACUUUGGUACAGCUUCCGCUUCCAACACCGUCACUAUCAUCCGCCGACUCGAGAGCGGGACAUCCGAGUUGUGUGGUUCUAUCUUCGGAUCAUUUCCAAGGACAUUCAGUACCGGUUUCGAAUGAUGCAGUACCGAUUUCGAAUGAUGCAGUACCGAUUUCGAACCCUGCUGCACCGAUUUCAAAUCCUGCUAGAUGACAUGUGGACAGUCAUGUUCUUAGCCAUGGCUGUCGAUUCGAUGACCAACAUAUGGGACACGUGGUACAUUGGCAGAUCUCACUUGCUAACACAAGGAAUCUCGCACGCCAUGCUGUCCUACAGAAUACUGGCAAUGCUUCUGCUUUCGGAGUUGGUCCAGGAAGCCUUGUUCUCGCCACACCAGGCUUACUGGAUCAUUCCAUCAUGCUAUCCCCUUGUGGUCGUAUAUUCGAUAGCAACGGAAUCUUGGUUUUCCUAUUUCAUGCGUUUUGUUUCCAAGGUUGCGCAUGUCUGGAGAGACAUUGCUGCCAUCAUCCUCUUUGAUGCUUCUAAGGGCCUCUUUCUAACUGCCAUUACAUUCGUGCCGAUCAAGUGUUUCACUCUUGCUUGUCUAUACGCCUUCCUGAUCAAGGGCGUUUGGUUGAUCUCACCACUGGUGAUUACCUCGGCCUUCGCAGAAUACGUGAGCGAAUGCAUGAGCAAUCGCUCGCUUCACAACAACAACUCGAGUACAUUCUCAGACGUACAGGGACGGAUGGGCAUCGGAGGAUCUUGA